AUGAAACCUCUCUAUGCAGCAAUCAUAUUACUCAUUCUAGCAAUCUGCACACUCCAAGUGGAAGGGUCAAAAUGCAAAUGUUCUCGGAAGGGUCCAAAAAUUAGAUUCACAGAUGUUCAGAAACUGGAAAUCAAACCAAGACAUCCAUAUUGCGAAGAAAAGAUGAUUAUGUAUGUAUUAUACCCAUUAUACCCAUAUUUUGUAUUUUUAAGCAUGACAGUUAAUAUGUAA